AUGAGACUCCUAGCCUUCCUUUCCACUGUCGCGGUGUGUGCUGCAGCAGUCAACCGCACGGCAACAAACGGCUGGGGCAGCACACCCUCCCAGCGCCACUAUAUCAAUGCCACCCAAGCACUCGCCGCCAUAAACGCCGCAGUAGACUACAGUAACUCCAUCGGCGUGCCGAACGAUAUCGCCAUCCUCGACCCCUCGUCCCAACUCGUCGCCUUCCUCCGCAUGGAUAACGCUUACCUUGGAUCGGUGGACAUCAGCAUGAAGAAAGCAAAGACUGUGACCUACUUCAACGGCCUUUUUCCAUCAUAUGGUUUGCUUAAUCGCUCACAAACGAUGGGAGAUCUUUUCGGCAUAGAGGAAACCAAUUCGGGAUUGGUCGUCUUUGGAGGCGGUCAGCCGAUUUAUGAUUAUGAUGGAUAUUUCAUCGGUGCCAUAGGCGUCAGUGGUGGGACUGUUGCGCAGGAUAUUGCGACUAGUGUGCAUGGUGCGGAGAGUAUUGGAACGACUAUUACGAUGUAA